CGAUCGUGAAAUCACAAAUUUUCGAAUCGACCAAACACCAUUUCAAAGCCAACCAAAAACCGACCAAUUUGAUUGAUUUGGUCGAUGGGUCCGGUUUUUUGCAGAGGCCCAGACGCGAAGCGAAGACUCCAAAACCCGACUAUUGUUUCUCCUUGCCUCCAAUAUGAAGUGUAGUAUGCAGAUCUUGAUGGAAGCCAUGGCCAAUUGGAAUCUACCAACAAGAGAAUGGUUUUAUUAGCUCACCAUGUUUCGAUACAUCCCUACUCUCUCCUCCUCAACAAAAGAACUGCUUCUGCGGCGGCGCUCAGAAUGCUAUCUUCUUCUUCUUCUACCUCCUCAAUAAACCCAAAUCCCUCUCUCGCCAUUCCCCCUUCCGCCAUGACAAAAUCCAAUACACAAGUAUCCACCAAAUGUCCAAAAUUUCCCCCUCUCCCCGAUUCUGUUCAAGCCCUUUUCGCCUCGCAGAGUCUUUCUCUCUCUAGCACCUCCGCUACCAGAAGCAUCUCAGUUGGCGCGACUGCCGCCGUCGCUGAAAGCUUGGAGUGUCCCUUGGUGGUGGUCUCAUUUUACAAGUUUGCUGAUUUUCCGGACCAUGCUGAUUUACGGAGGCCGUUGAAACAGCUCUGUGAGCGGCUGCGUGUGUCAGGGGGCAUAAUCCUCGCACCAGAAGGGAUCAACGGAAGCAUAUGUGGAACCUGUGAUUCUGUGGAAGAAGUGCUUAAUUUCAUCCAAGCUGAUGACCGGUUAAAGGGGCUGAGGUGUAUCGAGUCCCCUGUAAGUCCUGAAGAAGAAGCUAUCCACCACGGACAUAUGGAGAGUUCUCCUCUUGCUGCCGGGGAAGAUGCCCCCUUCCGAUGGGAUCAUGUGAGAGUCAAGCUGAAAAAAGAGAUAGUCACACUAGGAAUGCCUUCUGUAUCACCAACUGAGAGAGUUGGUACCUAUGUGAACCCCAGGGAGUGGAACAACUUGAUCAGCGAUCCAGAUACAGUGGUGAUAGAUGUACGCAAUGACUAUGAAACUAGAAUAGGGAAGUUCAAGCGGGCAGUUGAUCCUCGUACGACAGCAUUCAGAGAGUUCCCUACAUGGGUGGAUGACAGUUUCAAAUUAAACGAACCAGAUGAUGGGGUCGGCCAGGCUGCUGAUUCAGAACAGACCAGAGAUGAGCGAAUGGAAAAGAAGAUGCCUCGGGUGGCAAUGUACUGCACCGGUGGGAUCCGGUGUGAGAAAGCCUCGAGCUUCCUCCUGAGCCGAGGAUUCAAAGAGGUCUAUCAUCUACGAGGUGGGAUCUUGAAAUACCUGGAGGAGGUCCCCAAGGAGAAGAGCUUGUGGGAGGGGGAGUGUUUCGUGUUCGAUAAAAGAGUGUCGGUGGAGCAUGGGCUGGUGCAGGGGACGUAUAAACUAUGCUAUGGAUGCAAGAAACCGGUGAGUGAUGCGGACAUGGAAGCUCCUGAAUGGGAGUACGGAGUUUGCUGCCCGUAUUGUUACUCUUCUAAGUCUGAGGAGGAGAAGGAGAGGGCGAGGCAGAGGCAGAGGCAGUUCGAGAGAUUCGGCAUCAUCGGAGGUCCACACAAAGGCCGGAAACCAAUCAAGACGCCUCAGACUGAGGUUAGAGAGAGCAAGCAAAUGUCGAGCUCAAUAUGAGAUUACUGUGAAUUUAGAGCCAAAAAAUCGUUUUAUUUCAGUACCAUCGGUUUCGUAUGAUUUUAUUUCCAAACUCCUCUUUUCUAAAUUUUUUUGUCGCAUGGUUGCCAUCAAUUUUUUUGUCGUAUUAUUUAUGUCGACUUCUAUGAAUCAUUUAAUGCCAUAAAUACACCCAAAGUUCUGUUUCCAA